AUGAAGUUUGUUACUCAAUUGUCAACAACUGAACUUGAUCCUCCCAACAUCGGUAUGACGCAGUUGUUUGUGACCAUGGUGGUGGGGCUCCUGGCUGUGACCUGCCUCGCCAAGCAAGAAGGGCAUGGUGGUGGCGGCGGUGGCGAAGGUGAUGGCGGCGGGUAUGGUGGUGGCGGUGGUGGUGGCCAUGGAGGUGGUAGCGGAGGCGGACAUGACGGCUCCAGCGGCGGCGGUGGCGGGUAUGGCAGCUACAGCGGCGGCGGUGGUGGGUAUGGCGGCUCCAGCGGCGGUGAUCGCUCUCCUGACAUCACUUACCAAGUGUGGUGUAAGAGUAAAUAA